CGAUACCUUUUCCCCCCCGAAAGUACAAUAUCUGGCCCGCCCCAGCCCUAAGACAGCCCGUCCUCCCUAAAGAAGCAGAAGAGACGUCGUCCCCCCCCACCAAAAAAGCCAUCCCUCCGUUCUGUCCCGUCGCACAUUCGGCCCCCGCGACUCGGUCAGAGCGGCGCUGGCAGAGGAGUGCCCGGCAGAAGGGCCUUCGCCCGCUGUUCGGUUUGCAAACCCGCAGCAGGGAGGUGGGCGGCAGCGUCGCCGGCUUCCAGUUACCAAUGGGGAUCCCAGUGGGGAAGUCGAUGUUGGUGCUUCUCAUCUCUUUGGCCUUCGCCUUGUGCUGCAUUGCUGCUUACCGCCCCAGCGAGACCCUGUGCGGUGGGGAGCUUGUUGACACGCUUCAGUUUGUCUGUUCGGACCGCGGCUUUUACUUCAGCAGGCCUUCAAGCCGUGCCAACCGUCGCAGCCGUGGCAUCGUGGAAGAGUGCUGCUUCCGCCGCUGCGACCUGAACCUCCUGGAGACAUACUGUGCCACCCCCGCCAAGUCCGAGAGGGAUGUGUCAACUCUUCAGACCAUUCUUCCGGACGACUUCCCCAGAUACCCCGUGGGCAAGUUUUUCCAAUACGACACCUGGAGAAAGUCCGCCCAACGCCUGCGCAGAGGCCUGCCUGCCCUCCUGCGUGCCCGCCGGGGUCGCAUGCUCGCCAGAGAACUCCAAGCGUUCAGAGAGGCCAACCGUCACCGUCCCCUGAUCGCCUUACCACCCAAAGAUCCCGCCCACGGGGGAGCCUCUUCGGAGAUGUCCAGCAAUCAUCAGUGAACCAAAUUGUUGGGUAAUUCUGCAAUGUAGCACCAUCAUUCUGUGACCUCCUCUUGAGCAGGGACAGUUCCAUCACGUCUCACACUAAGAUCUCUCUGCACCACUUCCUCCCCUAGGCUUCUCCCCACCUACCCCCCAUGCCCCGCCUCCCCACAUCAGGCUGCUCCCUUGGCCCCAUACCACCGGGCAACUCUUCGAAACUAAAUUGAUUGGCUCUAAACAACCCAAGUAACCCCCCCAAAAUUGUUCUAAAAGAAAAACUUUAAAACAUACAGUCCCUUUAAAAACAAAUUGGCUUUUCAGAAACACCAGAACUGUUAACCUAAAAAUUUAAUAACUAAAAAAAUCAAUUGGCUAAAAACAUACUAAAAAUUAAUUGGCUUAGAAACAAUUGGCAAAAUAAGAUAAUUUGGCGCCCCCCCCUUCCUCUUCUUCCCAUUUGGAUCUUUAGUCAAAUUGGCUUAGACUUGGAUCUCAGAACCCAAGAAGAAAGGAAGGGGACCCAAAGUUUUCCAGGUGGCAUGUCACUACUUCCGUGCUAUCUCCUUGUCACUGUGCAGAUAGAGUGCCUUAGCGCAAGCUGACUGAGAACAACAACAGCCACCCAAACGUUCUUCACUGGCCAUUCCAUCAUAAAUGUCACCACAUCACCAUAGGGCUGGGUGAAAAGAAGGAACACAAGAAGAGGAACAGAGCAUGAAAACUGAAAACAAAACUUAAUUGGCAUGAGUCCCCGAAUACCAAAAUCUUAUUUUUCUGUACCUACCUAAAAUGUAUGUUUCUACUUAUCCCUGCAGACACGCACGCACACACAAACACACGUAUGCGCCAUAUUUGCACGCACAUAAGCACACUCACUUACAUAGUUACACACACUCCCUCACAAUUAGGUGAGAACAUUGAAAUGGCUGAAUAGCUCCUAUUCAGACCACAUUGCCCAAACCAAGAUUCAUUCCCAAUUCCCUGAGCAGUUUGCAUUGUUUGAGCUCCCCUCCCAGUCCAUCUAGUUUCUGCUGCUGCUUGUGGGCCCUGUGUAUAACCAGGCUGUAAGUUCUAUCUUUCCCGGGGAGGCUCACUUCCAUCUGGAUGCCUGUCCCCAGGGACCCCCACAGCAUGAGCCCAGUGCUCCCCAGCCCCCCUCCUCAUGUGGGCCAAUGCCUAUCCACAUCCUGUGUUGGCCUCCUCCAGUGUAGAAUAAGUUUGGCCUGAUAAGGAGAUGGCACUGCCAAGUAAGACAUGCUACCCGAGUAGCCUGAACCCUGGGUGUGUUCCAGGAGGAAAGAUCUAGGGGACAUCCCCUGCCCUGAACACACCUAUGGGCCAUCUCUGUCAGUCUCCUGGGGAGCCCCCACUUUUUAGGGGCUCCCCAGGAGACUCACACUGAUGGUGGGGAGUGUGGGAAGU